AGAAACCAUGUAAGUACACGUGUACCAUAACGUGUGGGCCAGGUCGUAAAAUUAAAAUGUCUGAUUGUAGCGCCACCUAGCAGUUGAAACCCAGCUCUCUUCAAGUAUGAAGAUUUGGCUGGAGGAAAUACAAAACAAUAGAGUUAAACGUCCAACAUGUCGUAGCUACAAUACCAGCGUGCAAAAAGCUAUGGAAAAGACAUGAAAAUUAAGGGACAAUAUUCGUAAAGAUACCGAUUUAUUAAUGAAUCUCAGAACUUUAACUUUGUGGCCGCGAGGUGGCGAUAAGGAGCAACCAAUACAAACGCUUCAGCCUUCUAUUAGCCAUAUUUCAAUCUUGAUAUUAUAAAAAUUUUGCUCUUGCUACAAAAUGUUGGAUUUUUCUUCAAAUAAGUCGGAACAAGGUUACGCCAUAUUUUCUUCUGUUGUUCCGACAAGCAUUGGGACAUCGGGCGCACAAAAAAACGACGGCGGGCCCGCCAUGCAUUCGAAGCAGGGGACGGUCGCUUAUAACGUCGCAGCCGGGAAUGCACAAUAUACUGAUUUAGGAAAGACCUCACAAGACGUAAUGGAUCUCUUCCAAAAAGACACAGUCAACAGUAACAACAACAACAACAAUAACGACAAAACAGAAAAGCCAAAAAAGAAGCGCAGACGCGAAAGAAGUCCAGUGACAAUUAACAAGUUAAAAAAGAUUCGACGAUCAAAAGCUAAUGACAGAGAACGAAACCGAAUGCAUGGUCUUAAUGACGCACUAGAAGAAUUAAGACAUGUUUUGCCGACCUACCCCGACGAGACCAAAUUAACAAAAAUCGAAACCUUGCGAUUCGCAUACAAUUAUAUUUGGUGUUUGAGUGAAAUGUUAAAAAAUGGAACAGCGGGAAAUAGUUUUGAUGCAAAAUCCGCCGCUCAAGAAAUGAUGUCAUCAGUUCUGACGUCAUCUCAAGUAGGCACCGAAAACUUCCCAACCGCGCCCACGGCAUUUCAAAACUUCGCCCCCUCCAAUGACGUCACAGCUACGUCAUACCAGCAGCCUGGGCAAUACUACCAGCAAUACCCAAACCAGCAACAAUAUCGACCAAAUCGUGACGUCAUGCAGCCUACUGUGACGUCACUGGAAAUCCCCGACGACCUAGAAAGCAUCCAAGCUCCUUUUAUGUCGUCACAAUCUGACUUUGUUCUGGAGCAAGUGGUCACAAACCAAGCUAACCAAGGAAACGAGAUUUUCUUUCAAAAUCAACAGAUACCAAACAACAAUAAUAACAACAACAACAGCAACAACAACAACAACAAUGUUCAAGCAGUUUUGCCGUCGAUUUCGAACUCGUUGUUGGCUAGAAGAAACAUCUCGUCUCCAAUGACGUUACCCAGCAAUGGACAAGUCCAAUUUCAGGCCCCCAUUUCACCUCCAUUUUCUGGGAAUUCCCCGACGUGCCCCAGCCCCAUGUACCCAGUUGCACAGCCCAACUUUUACAUGCCGCCGACCCCAAGCGAUUGUGGAAGUAUGGCGGGAUCGUCGCCCUUCAAUAGCCCGCAGAAGCAACUUCCUUCUCCCGAUGUACCAUACAUGCCAAACUACUCCAUGCAUUUACUCCGAUAAGGAAAAUCUAUAAACAUUCCCUAUUAUGGCUUCAAAACGCCAAAAUUCAUUCUAUUUCAUUUGUACGCUCUUUUAGGCGAAAUUUUCAUUUUCCUUACUGCCUUUUAUUACCAUUAUAAAUUGUCCGCCAAACGUAUCGUGCCAACUUUCUUUUGAAUGUUUAUUUCUUACACCUGUGUUCUUAAAUAGAACUUCCCACAAACCUAAA